UAUUGACAGCUCAACAGCAAUCGUUCGCUAAAAAUCUCUCGUCAUUCUCGGUUCGUCGAAUUUUGUGUGGAGUAAAGUGUCGUUUAAAGUUAAUUGAAAUAGUUUAAUUCCCGGGUUAAAACAUUGCUCCUGUAAGUAGAAUCUUCAUCUAACCGAAAGUACAGCAGAAAACCGUACAGCAUGGCUGUUAAAGCAAUCACCGAUGAAGCUCAUUUCCAAGCCGAACUAGCCGCAGCAGGAGGAAAGCUGGUCGUUGUGGAUUUUACCGCAGCUUGGUGUGGACCGUGCCGAAACAUAUCGCCUUUGUUCGAUCAGCUUCCGGCGAAAUAUCCAAAGGCAGUCUUUCUCAAGGUGGAUGUAGACAGAUGUGCCGAAACGGCGUCGUCCCAGGGCGUGUCCGCCAUGCCAACGUUCAUUUUCUAUAGAGCGAGGACAAAGAUUGACCGGGUGCAGGGUGCAGACAUUAACGGACUUGAAGCCAAAAUACAGAAACAUUACGUAGCCAGCGUGGAUGAAUCUGGAGAAGAUUACGGUCAUGGAAUGUUGGACUUGAACACCUUCAUCCAGAAGAACCAGUGCGAAUGUUUGAACGAAUCGGACGACCAUCCGAUGGUGAAUGCGCUCAGUUCCAGCGGUGGUCAUCUGGCGUCCGAUUGUGACGAACAGCUAAUUAUUUCGAUUACCUUCAACCAGGUGGUCAAAAUCAGUGCCAUCAAGUUCAAAGCACCGCCCUCACACGGACCGAAAAACGUGAGAAUCUUCAUCAAUCAACCGCGGACCAUCGAUUUCGAUAUGGCCGAGUCGCAAGUUUCGGUGCAGGAUCUGGUACUGGAACAGAAGGAUCUUGAAUCGGGCUCGCCGAUUCCGUUGCGCUUCGUCAAGUUCCAGAACGUGCAGAACAUGCAGCUGUUCGUGAAGGAUAACCAGUCGGGUGACGAGACUACCAUUAUCGAUCACUUGGCCUUCAUCGGGUCGCCGAUUGCAACGACUAAGAUGGAUGACUUCCAGCGGGUGGCCGGGAAGAAGGGUGAAAGUCACUAGAUUGAGCCGCCGGGAGAAUGAUGGUUAGAAGGCAGUGGAAGGUGCGGUGACGAAUAUGUUUGAUCGUGUACCUAAAAGGUUGAAGAUGGUGAUGCGCGUGAAUUUGUUCUUUUUAUAAAUUAUUCAAUAAAAUAAUGAGCAGGAA